AUGCCCCUCCUAGGCCACCCCUUCCGCCUCUUCCUCGCAACCGGGCAGACCCUGGCCUUCGCGCAUGUGUUCUGGCAAUAUGUGUAUUCAGUGGCGCCCGGGUCAGGACCGUCCAUGCUGCCGACAUUCCUGGUGUGGAACGAGUGGUUCGUGGCAGACCGUUCAUAUCGGAGAGGUCGUCACGUGCGCGUGGGCGACUGCGUGACGUACACAAUCCCCGUGGAGCCUCACGAGGAUGGGGUCAAGCGUGUUAUCGGCAUGCCGGGAGACUAUGUAUUGGUGAACAGCCCAGGUGCGAAGAACGACGACAUGAUGCAGGUACCACAAGGACAUUGCUACAUUGUUGGGGAUAACCUGCCCUGGUCGCGCGAUAGUCGCGACUAUGGACCGCUACCGCUAGCUCUCAUCCGUGGUAAGGUGGUCGCCAAAGUCGAGUUCAGUGGUUGGAACCCUUUGAACUGGUUCACGAGAGUGAAGGAUGGGUUGACACCUGCAGAAUCUUCAACAUGA